UAUGACAUCUGUUUUUUCUAAAUAUUUUAUUUCGUUAUAAAUAAGAACUGAUAAAAAUGCAUUUGCAUGUAGAAAAACCUAAGUUCAGCUUAUUAAAAAUCUAAGAAAAAUGCAUAGCAAGGAGUUAAAAUAAAGGCAGUCAUACCCAGCGAUAAAAGAAUAAUGGAAACAAUUACUUUAAGCUCGACAGACAAUGCAAACCACCAAACACUCCACGUAGCAGCUGGAGGUUUAAGUGAUCACCAUCAUCAUCAGCAUUCACCAGUUGAUGAAGAUCAAAUGAUGAAUCUCUCGGACAUGGCCGAUUUGUCGCAGGAAAUGCAAGAGAGCAUUGUGGCCAUACCCAAGGAAGUGAUAUUAAUAUCAUUGGUGUCCCAGGAACAAGCUUUGUACAAUCCCAAGCACGAGAACUAUCGCAACACACAGCGAAAAGAUAUGAAAUGGAAGGAAAUAGCUGAUAAUGUGGGAUGGGAGGAUACACAAUGCAAAGCCAAAUGGAAGGCUAUGCGUGAUCAGUAUUGCCGAGAACUAAAGCGCAGCAAAUUUAAUGCCAAGGCCAAUGUUAAGUGGAAAUAUUUUAAAGAGUUAGAUUUUCUAAGGCCUUAUGCCUUGGCCAGAAACUAUAGACCCCGUAAUCCAAUACCUGCCAAUAAUAAUAAUAACAACACCAAUAGUAAUAAUAGCACCAACAGCAAUAAUAAUAACCAAAAUUCGUACAACUGCUCUGCGGUCGCCACAGCGAACGAUGUGAAUAAUGCAACAGAUAACAACAACACAAAGUUUACUACAAUAAAGAUAGAAACGAAUGCCACAGAAAGCUUUGUGACUUGUGACUUUACAUCCGUCAAAGAUGGCGGCAGCACCAAUCAUCUCACCGAGGAACAAUUGAAUACGGUGCUGCAACAACAAACGGAUGAAAAUAAUUGGACUUACAUUACAGGAUCAUCAACGUCUUCAAAUAACAAUUCACGUUUAGAUAAUCAUUCAUUGGGUGAGGCCACACAGCAUUUGCUGUCGACUCACCAUCACCAUCAGCAGCAGCAUGCGGAUGAAGCUUUAUACAAUGCCUUAGUAGAUUGUGUGGGUCAAAUACAGCAACAACAACAACAUCAAUUGUGCCAACAGCAAUCGAAUUCAUCACAGCAAAAUUCUUCGGUGAAUGACGAAGAGGAUGAUGAUCCCAUACACACUUUUCUUAACAUAGAAAGUUAUUUUGAAAAAGAGUUGAUAGCCUUGAUACAACACGAAGAUGUUCUGUACAAUAGCUUUAAUCCCAAUUAUCGCAAUGUUAAACUCAAAUUGGAGGUAUGGGAUGAAAUUGCGCGCAAGCUUAAGAAAACUGUGAAACAAUGCCGUCUUAAGUGGAAAGCACUAAGGGAUCAAUUCAUCCGAGAGCACAAACGAUUGAAAAAUCGUGAAAAUAUUGAAUCUUUGCCCCGUUGGAAGCACUAUGAUGCUUUGAGUUUUCUACAAAAGUUCAUCAAACAUAAAGCAGGUGAAUUUGAAGCCAAACAACCUUUGAUGCAAAUAACCAAAACCGAGAUUGAUGCCGAUAUGGAUGAUGAUGAUGACCAUAUGAACAUCAGUGGUAGCUCACCUAUGCGAUCACCCCUUGAUAAUAUUAAAAGGGAAAUUUCUCAUAAUCACAUACGAAUGCCUGAUUUGGUGAGCGAAGAAAACAAUCCCAAUCAGAACCUACAUCAACAUCAGCAUUCAGAGACCCUGUGUAUGGCAACGAGCAGUGUGGGCGAAUAUGAUGAUAUGGAUAUAGAUAAUUAUAUAAUAGGCGAUGGUGAUAGUGUGGUGGAUGAGCAUAAUGCACAAGAAGAACAAGAAGAUGAUACACAACCAGAGGAUAAUACAUCUAUUCAGGAAUUUUCGCCUUUCGGCAACACCACCAAACACAAUGGUGAGGAGGAAGUGGCUGCUCGUCACCCAAACCUGGAAGCAACAAAUGCGUCAUAUAAACCUUCAGUGUCGGUGAGUCCACAGACAUUGCAAACAACCAAUGGCGGUGGUGGUCGAGGCCUUGUUAAUGAACAUCAAAACCAGCAAACACAUCAUAUCAAUAUGCCUUCAUUGGACUUAAGUGAUAAUAACGAUGUAAUAAGUCCCGACAAUAAUAUGAAAGCAACAACUACAACACAGACACAACAAAGCUAUCAAGCCAGUGCUGCUAGUUCCAAUAGCCCCAGCCUAAGUCUAACAACGACAUUGGAUAUGUGCGCGGCCACACCUCCACCUCCUGCACCUGCCCCUGCCUCUACAACUGCAACACAAGCCAACAGUACUACUGCGGCCCCCUCCACUUCAGAGGCUGCAACAAAUACCCAACCUACCCAACUUUUACCUAGCAACAGCAAUAUCGCCAGUAACAACAAUUCCGUAAACAGUGAAGAUGAUGAAGUCGGUGCUUUCUUUAAGGCUGUGGCCAUGAAAAUACGCAGUGCAAAGUUAUCGCCGGUCGCCUUUACAGAUCUCCAAAUUGAUAUACUCAGAGUUAUAAAUGGCUCUUUGCGCAAUCAUUAGCCAUGAUCGCACUCAACAAGAGAGAUUCAGGACUUUUGGAGUUGCCAGGCAGUCGCGAAAGCUUGUCCAUGGGAUCAAUUAUACAUAGUUGUUAAGGCAGAAAACUUUUAUUAUCUAUAGGCUAUAUGUAUCAUAUUGUAAUUCUAUAAAAUAUAUCCCAAGAAAAACCCAGAACUAGAACCAGACCCAGAAUCAGCCCAGCUCCAGACCCAACCCAUAUUUGUUAUACACUUAGCUAUAUUCAUUUAUUGUUUAUUAUUUGAUUUCUAUUAUAUAUUUGUUUAUAAUUUAUUAGCUUUUUUUCGAUAAGAAGAAGUAUAAAUUACUACAUUUAAGUUCGUUUGGCAAGCAAACCCAAUUGGGUUCAUGUAUCGACAUCAGAGUCUUGUGUUUGUAGAUGGUUUUUAAGCACAAAAACGCAAACAGAUAAAUCAAGAGAAGAAGUAUCUGCAGACAAGAGAAAAACUGUAGCUCAAAACAAAAAAAUCGAUCUUUACAUAAUGCCAUGAUGUAUUUAUGUAUGUAUAUGUUUAUAUACUAGUAUUUACAUACAUUCAUAUUUUUUUUUUUUUGUAAAUAAAGACACUUUGAGUUUAGUA